AUGAACACAAUAUCCUAAUUCAAAUCAACCUUAACCAAACUCGAAAUGAUCAUUUAUUAAUUAGAAGAAAGCCUAGGAGUUGAGCAUAAGCCUUCCCCAUUUGCAGAAUAUAUUACACCCACUACCAAAUAAGAAAAUUAAUCAAGCCAAAAGGUAGAGUAAUAGACAGAGCCUUAGCCAAAAAAGGAAGAACCUUAAAAAUAGUCACAAGAAUCUUAGAAAUUUCUAGAAUAACUUCAAAAAAAGGAAUAACCGUAAAAAAAAGAAAAGCAACCGUAAUAAGAGAAAAAGCAACAAUAAAAUUAACAAUAGUAGGGCAAAAAGGCAGCUAAUCCAACACUUGAAGAUUUCUUAUGUAUAGAUAUGAGAGUUGGUGAAUUAAAAAGAGUUUGGAAGGUAUUUUCAUCAAUUAAUUUUAGCAUGAAGAAUCAGAUAAAUUAUAUUGUGAAGAAAUUGAUAUCGGAGGAGAAGUCAGAUAGAUAGCUUCAGGAUUAUAAUAAUUUGUACCUAUUGAAGAAAUGACUGGAUAAGUUAUUGUAUUAGUGAAUCUUAAACCAAGAAAAUUAGCAGGUAUUUUACAUUGAUAUAUUGAAUAGGAUUUAUGUCUAAUGGUAUGGUUUUAUGUGCAUCUGACGCUUCUCACACAUAAGUAGAAUUGAUGAGGCCAGCUCCAGGAAGCAAAGUUGGAGAGAGAGUCAAAAUCCAAGGACAUCAAUCUAUUUUCAAAGAUGGAAUGGAAGAAGAACUGAAUCCAAAGAAAGGUUAAUGGGAAAAGGUUGCCCCCUAUUUAAGGACUAAUGAAAUUCUUUAAGCUGUUUUUGAUGGUAUUUAAAUUCAUCAAUCAUUUAGGGCAUCUUUUAGUAACUUCUUAGGGUCCAAUUGUUAGUAAAACACUAGCUAAUUCAAAUAUAUCUUGA